AUGGACGAUGAGCAGCUGAAGCCCGAGAAGGUCGAGCUCUUGCAGAUGAACCUCCCCCUGCCGGUGGAUCUUCAGCUGAUCGAAAGCUCUCUGAAAGCCGAGCCCCUGGCUGAAGGCGAACUUUGGGACGCGCCUGAGGAGUUUGUUCUGGCCCUUUCGUCUAUCCCGCUGUAUGCACUGCGCGUGCGAGUUUGGGGCUUCCUCAACUCCAUCGACUGGGCGCGGGCUCGCAUCUUAACGGCUCACGAGGAGCUGACAGAUGCAGCAAGGAAGCUCAAGGAGUCGCCGAAGCUUGAGCAGCUCCUGGCUCUUGUCCUCUUCGUGGGCAACUACCUGAAUGGCGGCACCUCAAGGGGUCGCGCAGACGGCUUCGACCUGGAGGCGCUACCGAAGCUGGCGAAGCUCCGGGGAAAAG